CAUUAGGGCUCCGGCCCCAGGAGGCGGCUCCGGAGGGGCGGGCGGGUUCCACCCCCGGCUGGCCGCGCGCCCGCGCCUCCCAAUUCCCGGAGCAGGGCGCGGGCUCCCGGCGGCAGUCGGCGGCUCCGCUCCCGCCUGGGCGUCUGGGCUCUGGGCCAGGGCGGGCUGGGAGCGGCGGCGGCGGCGGCUCGGGGCCGCGGAAACCACGGAGGGCGGCGGCCUGGGCCAGCCAAGCCAUGGCGGCUCCGGAGCCGGCGCCGAGGCGGGGCCGGGAGCGGGAGCGGGAGGAUGAGAGCGAGGACGAGAGCGACAUCCUGGAGGAGAGCCCUUGCGGCCGCUGGCAGAAGCGGCGGGAGCAGGUGAACCAGGGGAACAUGCCAGGGGUCCAGAGCACCUUCCUGGCCAUGGACACUGAGGAGGGGGUGGAGGUGGUGUGGAAUGAGUUGCACUUCGGGGACAGGAAGGCUUUCGCAACCCAUGAGGAGAAGAUCCAGACCAUGUUUGAGCAGCUGGCGCUGGUAGACCACCCCAACAUUGUCAAGCUGCACAAACACUGGCUGGAUGCCUCGGAAGCCCGGGCACGGGUCAUCUUCAUCACCGAGUACGUGUCGUCAGGCAGCCUCAAGCAAUUCCUCAAGAAGACCAAGAAAAACCACAAAGCCAUGAACGCCCGGGUAUGGGGAGUGGGACAGGGCUGCGCUGGGGAGCUGGGUGAGGGGCAGCUCCGGGGACCUGAACGGGCCGGGGCCAGGUCAGGGAUGCGAGGUGAGGGUGCAGGGUGGGCGCCAAAGGCCCAGCUGCCUCUCCCGCACCGGUCGGACAGAGUCCAUCCGCCACCAGGCCUGGAAGCGCUGGUGCACACAGAUCCUGUCGGCGCUCAGGUGAGGGUCUGGGCUCACCCCGCCACACGCCUACGGCCCCCAGUGACCCCUGACCCGACCACACGUGCUCUCCUUUCCCCCUGCAGCUUUCUACACGCCUGCAACCCCCCCAUCAUCCACGGGAACCUGACCAGCGAUACCAUUUUCAUACAACACAAUGGCCUCAUCAAGAUUGGCUCUGUGUGGCACCGCAUCUUCUCCAAUGCGCUCCCAGAUGAUCUCCGAAGCCCUAUCCACGUGGAGCGUGAGGAACCACGGAACCUGCACUUCUUCCCACCAGAGUACGGCGAGGUUGCUGAUGGCACUGCCGUGGACAUCUUCUCCUUUGGGAUGUGUGCACUGGAGAUGGCUGUGCUGGAGAUCCAAGCCAAUGGAGACACCCGGGUCACAGAGGAGGCCAUCACUCGCGCCAGGCACUCCCUCAGCGACCCCAACAUGCGGGAGUUCAUCCUCUCCUGCCUGGCCCGGGACCCCAGCCGGCGGCCCUCAGCCCACAACCUCCUCUUCCACCGCGUGCUCUUCGAAGUGCACUCCCUGAAGCUCCUGGCGGCUCACUGCUUCCUCCAGCACCAAUACCUCAUGCCUGAGAACGUGGUGGAGGAAAAGACCAAGGCGGUGGACCUGAAUGCAGUCCUGGCGGAGCUUCCCCGGCCGCCCCGGCCCCCACUGCAGUGGCGGUACUCAGAGGUCUCCUACCUGGAGCUUGACAAAUUCCUGGAGGAUGUCAGGAAUGGGAUCUACCCACUGAUGAACUUUGCCGCUGCUCGACCCCUGGGGCUUCCCCGGGUGCUGGCGCCACCGCCUGAGGAGACCCAGAAGGCCAAGACCCCGACACCGGAACCUUUUGACUCAGAGACCAGAAAGGUGAUCCAGAUGCAGUGCAACCUGGAGAGAAGUGAGGACAAGGCCCGCUGGCAUCUCACUCUGCUUCUGGUGCUGGAGGACCGGCUGCACCGGCAGCUCACUUACGACCUGCUCCCAACGGACAGUGCCCAGGACCUUGCUGCCGAGCUGGUACACUACGGCUUCGUUCACGAGGAUGACCGGACCAAGCUGGCUGCCUUCCUGGAAAGCACCUUCCUCAAGUACCUUGGAGCUCAGCCGUGACCUCCCAACCCCAGCCCCUAGGGACCAGCCCCGGCAGCCCACAUGGGGAAGCUCAGCAUUGGCCCAGGGUUCAGAGGACCAGGGGCUGUCUUCUGCUUACAUGCUGGGGGCUGAUGACCAAACACCUGCCUUCUACAGCUUCCAAGGAGGCCCUGGAGUGGGGUGGGGAAGGUGGUGGCUUUGGAGCUACAGGGGGACGAUCAGGGGGUGAAGGAGCCUAGGUUGGGGGUCAGGGGAGUCGUUAGGUCCCACAUGUCCUUAGGAUCAGGAUCCCCCCCCCCCCCCCCCCACCUAGCCAGCUUCCACAACUCAGAAUCCCUUCCCGUGUCCACCACUUCCUGGCCAAGAGCUCUCCCCCAACCCCAGGAUUAUCUGGCUAGUGAUUGUACCUUCAGCAUGGGGGAGGCUGCCCCCCAGGGAAGCCCAGUGCUGAGGGUGGGGGACCCGUGUCCUGGACAGAUGUCUGGCCAGGGAAAUGCUCCACCCCCUGUUGGAACCACAGACCCACGUGAGGAACCCCCACAUUAAGCCAGUGGCACCACACCCGCAGACGUCAGGCACAGUGCAGGGCACAGGACAGGGCCACAACCUGGCAGGAGGAGCAGUUGACAGAGAAGUUUCCAGGGGCCCAAGUUCAUAGUUUGAUGUGGCUUCUGCACAGCCCUCCAACCGCUGCCCAGUGCAGACCCGCCAUGGAGCCCUCUUCAGACGUUCCACUGCUCGGAGACAGGGAUCUGCCAGCCCUCUGCAGAUACUCUCUGGUCCCUGCACCCCCCCCUCCAAAGGGCUCUUUUCCAUUCCCUGGCCUGGACAGGUUGGGCUCAGGCAGAUACCCGCUCUUCACUGUGCCUCCUCUCAAAUCCAUUACCCCCUUUGUUACCUCCCUCACCUUUUCCCAUGGUGGCUGCCUCCCAGGUCCUGAGACUGUCAGCUCCUGAUUCCCCGUCUCUCCCACUCAACUCCUUCCCACCCCUCAUUGCCCUGGCCUCGUUUCUCCCAGACUGCCUCCCCUCCAUCUUCAAAUUGAGUUAAACAUUCUUAAACAUUUUAAAUCGCAUAUAUACGUUUGGUGCAUUCAGAUUCCUUUUUAAGUAUUUCUAGUAUCAAAUCAGGAAAGCCCACGGUUGCAUUAGUUCUCUGUCGUUGCUAUAAGAAUUUACCACAGACUUAGUGGCUUAAAAUACCACAAAUUUAUUAUAGUUCUGCAGGUCAAAAGUCUGGUACAGGUCUCCCCAGACUAAACUCAAGCUGCUAGCAAGGCUAUGUUCCUUUCUGGAAGUUCUAGGGGAGCCUAGAGCCAUUUCCUAGGUUUCCAUCUUCUGUUCCUUCAGCUUGGGUCUGCAGGUGUCAGGCAUGGUGCAAGCUGUGGGCGCUGGGCAGGAAUUCAUUUCCUUGCAAUGGUAGGGCCAAGGUCCCCAUUUUCUUGCCCUGAAAGAAACUGAAGGUCAUUGUCAGCUUCCACAGGCACCACAUUCCUUGGCUCACGUACCCAUCUUCCAUCUCCAAAGCCAGCAACAACUAGUUAAGUCUUUCUCAUGAACCGUCUGUCUGGUUUUUUGCAGCCAGGAAAGCCUCAUGUAAUUAGGUUGGGUCUACCUGGAUAAUCCAGAAUAAUCUCCCUACCGCAAGGUUCCUUAAUCAUACCUACAAAAUCCUUUUUGCCAUAUAAAGUAACGUUCACAGGUUCUGGGGUUACAGCACGGACAUCUUGGAGGGAAGGUGUCCUUUCUCCACCUACCACAUUGCCCUAACCAAAAACCAAACCAAAACCAAGUUACCAAGGUGUCUCAAAUAAAUUAAAUGUACAAACAUGGUGAAUCUCAAGUUGUCUUAAACACCCCAAUACUCUACAAAGUUAUCCAAAUUCUUACAUCUUCCAACUUAAAUAACAAAUCUAAAAUAACUUACACGUCCAGUUGGAAAUUCUAAUGCUAUCAUCUUAAAAUAAUUUGAGUGUCAAAUGCAUAACAGAUUGUACCCGUGAUUUUUUUUUUAAUUCUUUUUUUAAUGUUUAUUCAUUUUUGAGACACAGAGAGACAGAGCAUGAAUGGGGGAAGGUCAGAGAGAAAGAGGGAGACACAGAAUCUGAAACAGGCUCCAGGCUCUGAGCUGUCAGCACAGAGCCCGAUGCGGGGCUCAAACUCACGGACUGCGAGAUCAUGACCUGAGCCGAGGUCGGAUGCCCAACUGACUGAGCCACCCAGGCGCCCAGAUUGUACCCGUGAUUAAACUGAACGCAAAAAUAUCAAUACUAUCAUGGCUCCAUUUAAUCAUGCUUAUGUUGAGGUUUUCAUUUUAACUUUUAUCUUUUCAAAGUUAUAUACAUAUCGUUUUAAAAGUGGAAUGCAUUUUUUUUUAACCAACAAUAAAUAACCAAUGCAGUCUCCAACUCUGUUUCCAAAUUUAACUCUUAGCUAUUUCUUCAGGCGUGUAAAACCCAUCUUCCACAAAAUGACACAUGCUUUUACUGCUUUUUAUUGGGUUUUCUACAUUAAGGUCUUCCCCGGCUGGUGUCCUGGGAGAAGAGCAGGAUCACUAGCCUCAGUUUCCUGACCCAGCAUCAUCCCAGUGUGGUGGGUAUUAUUACAGCUUCAUUACUGCAGGUCUCAGCAGAGAACAAGGUGUCCUAGGGUUAUAUUUGCUUUCUUGCACAACUUUUUGUUUUGCCUGGAGUUAAUAAUUGCCUUAUUUUUUGGUUUGCUUAGUUUUCUAUACAUGUCUCAUGAAUUCAUUCUUAGAUUCUCCUACUGAAGUGUGAACCUCUCAACACUUGAGAUUCAUUGCAUAACUGACUGCUCAGUUUCAUCUUUUCCCAGAGCCCCCACUGUGCCAGCUCUCUGCCCCAGGCUGCUUGUUCUUGGGCCUGUGACCCAGCUUUCAGCAUGAGUUAGUUGUUCCUUCACCAGCAUCCUGGAGCACCUCCUUUCUCCUUUGACUUGAUCCUUAGCUCUCAUCCUCCUUCCUUCACCCUCUGUUUGAGGAGGAACAUCCUCCAAGUUUCCUGAGAGAAGGUACAUGGGAAGUUAUGGAGUCUUUGCCUAUUUGUCCCUAGCCUACUCUUACAUCUGCUUGUUAGUGUAGCUAGGCACAAAAGUUUGCCUAAGUUGAAAAUUAUUCCUCCCAAGGAUUUUGAGAGUAUCAUGUGAUUUUCUUCUAGUCCCAAGAAUUCUCAUGCCUUUCUGAAUUCUGACCCCUUGUGAUUUCUGUCUCUCUCACUUCCUCUUCCUCUCUCUCCCUCCCUUUGGAAAUUCUCAAUGAUAGUUCUUCAUUUAAAACUUCUCUUUUAUCUGUUGUCCAGAGAUCCCAAUCCUUCAGUUCUAGG